ACAGAAGAGAUAGAUCAACAAGUUCUUUGAAGCGCGCAUGCGCUGCUGAUGCGAGUAAUUGCUGGGAAUGUUAAGAUGGCGGUGACUUACUUAUAUUUCGAUAUUCAACAUGUGUUAAAUUUGUAGUGUUCAGUGGAAUAUUACUUCUAAAAGUGUAUUAAUGAUUGGAAAUUAUCAAACAAGUGUUGAGUGAGAUAGUUAUGUCGUUUAUUCCCCGUCUGUCCUUGUUUUAUUGGAAUGCAAUCGGUUUUCACCAACUCGCAAGAGGAUUUUUUAUUCAAUCUAUCGGUGGAGGCUAUUCUGGCCAACAAAACAGCGGCCAUUUAAGAAAGGUAAUGCCAAAUAGUGAAGAAAGUGUGUUAUUUAAAAAGGCAAAAACAAAUUCUUUUGGAUAAAUGUAGUCAGGUACAGAAAAAAAUAUCUUUCAUGCUUUUCCUAAAUUUUCUGAAAGUGUGCUCUUUUUCUGAACUAUGAUAUUAAGCUAUGAAGAUGGGAAUACGUCAUAUGUUAAGCCGAACAUUCACAAACCGACCAUCUGGACAAGGUGCACAUACACACAGUGUGUUAUCCUUGUAACAACCGUCAUGGUGUUUACAAAAGCGUGUCUUGGCUCGGGUUUUCCUGAGCUCUCCGUUUGCGGACCAGUGUAUCAUUCGAAUGUACCUUCUAAAAUCAAGAAUCAGUGCCUUUUUCUUGAUAAACAAUUAAUACAAGAUAUUUGUGUCGAUAAAAGGACGCUCAGGCCUCCCGAGAUACACUUAAAAUUUUGCAAUAUGUACACUCUCAACCAUAUAAUACCUCAAAAUGAAUCCGAGAGAUGGAUGGGCAAAAUUGAAUGUAACCAAACUCUGGUAGACCUGAUGAGAAGCGAUAACAGUGCUUUUGAGGAGUUUCAACUGUUUGCCAGUUUGUUGGAGAGAGUCGACUGUGAUACUGCAUACUCCGUUAGGUGGAGCUGCAGCGUCUGUAGGGAGGCUUACAAGUUCUGGUUGUGCUCACAAAAUAUUCCCGUGUAUAAUCGGCUCUCUCCCUCCUCAUUACCUCCCUGUGAUGAUUUCUGCUCAGGAGUAGAAAAACAGUGUCCAUUUCUCAAGCCUCUGACCGAGUCAACCUAUGCAGGGGAACCUAGUUUUAUAUGCAAAGAUCCAUCAUCGGAUAUGGUGCCAAGUCUUUCGGAGCAAUGUUACAAACAGUGUUAUUUAACAGACGAAAAUAAUGCAAAAUGUCUUCGUCAUUUUCCGUCACGACACAACUUCAGUGCUGCCCUCUAUUCAAAUACCACGGAAAGUAACUCCUGCUGCUCCAUUUGUACAAACUCAUUCACAAGGAUAUGUGUGCAUCUAAUUGGUCUAUACCUUGUUAGGACAUUGUUAUUAUUUAUUUCUAUAGGUUUAACUUAAUGGAAUAGUUGUUUAUUUAGGUGUUGUAGUGACUGAGUUGGGAGUGAAUGCGCGUGCGUGAGCCUGUUUGUGUGAAGUGUUGCGUUUCUUAUAUAGUUUUGGUCUCACGUGAUGAUUGUGUGUGGGUUUUUUUUUGAGCAAUAAGGCAUUUACCGAGUUGCUCCUCAAACUGGCAAAGUUAUUUUAUUUUAUUUUGUAGUAUGUUUGUUCAUCUGCACAAUAACAAUGUUUAUACACACGUGCUGAUUACAACAAAUUAUAUUAUUAAUAGGAACAAGUGGCCUCUGUAUAUUGUUUGUUUUUAUUUUUUUAAUUUACUGUUUGCUGUCUAUAAUUUGUUUUAUUAUUUUUUUUAUAUUAAAUCUUACGUUCGUUUGGCUUGUAUAUCAGCAUCAUUCUGGACAGAGUGCUUUUAUUUUAUUUAUUUUUUUCAUAAUUUAGAGGGUCUAGAUUCACAAUACUGCUCAUUUUCAAUGGUAAUAUAAACUUAAGGCAUAAAUUCUACUUGUAAUAUAAUUGUACAUGCUUUGAUAACAGAUGGAUGGAAAACAAAAGAACAUUCUUCAAAAUCAAUAUUUUUUGCUAUACAGACAGUCUAUAUAGGGAUUAAAUUUGUGAAGAUA